GUUUUUUAUCAGUUUAUUUUUGAUAUUUUCGCUGCAAAUGACAGCUGGUAUCUGGGGUUAUGUCAACAUAGGCCAAUUAGAGAAUCUCUUAGAACAUGAAACGAAGAUCACAGUGACCGAGAAGUAUCCAAACGACAAAGCCACUCGGUACACCGUGGAUUAUACACAGAGAAACUUGCAAUGUUGCGGUGCGUACAAUUACCGUGAUUGGCUCACAUCCAAUCAAGAUGUCCCUGAAUCUUGCUACUGUGAAUUUGACUGUGAGGGCGUGGUCACAGAUGACAACAUCUACAGCUUGGGUUGUACAUCUGCCCUCUAUUCAUUCUUUGAACGUAAUCUAUACAUUAUUGGUGGAGUUGGUAUUGCUAUUGGACUUGUACAGGUACUUGGAAUGAUCUUUGCUGUACUACUAUGCUGUAAUAUAAGAAAAAAUAGUGACGCCGAAUACGUGUGAGAUUUGCUGACACAGUGGAGGGGUGAAAACUAUACUUCAACUCCCCAACGACUGCCACACAUUUGCUUUCGUUUAUAUUCACGUUUUCUAUUCACUCCCGGGUUGUUUGUUAAAGUUUAAAUAUUUCUGUCGGUGAGGGCGUACCUUUUUAAUAUGAUCACCUUGUUAUUCAGAUCCGAAAUUAUUGCAUUGCAAACAAAUCAUAUGACAAUAUUUUUUUGUUUUUCUUUCAUGACGAGUCAUGUCAAAUCCCGGG